UCGCUCUCUCGCUGAAUGAUAGGAACACUUGCAGUAGUAGAUCUUGCGUUGUUGUUGUGAUUGAAAGAAAGACCGGACAGACGAAAGCGAUAGGAAGUCUUGCAAUAGUAGAUCUUCCGUUCUUGGAAUCAAAAGAAGAAGGAAAGAGGUGUGUAAUGGGAGAUGGCGUUCUAUCAAUAUGUGUAGUUUUGUGGUUUUGAAUGGGUGAUUUUGGUUGUGCUUGGGUUUUAAUUGAUGAUGGUUUCUAUGGGUAUUGAUUUUGGUUUCCAUGUGUUUGGGUGUUGUUCUGUGGUUUUCAAUGGGUGGUUUUCGUUGAGGUUUUGAUUUUUUGUUGUUAUUUGGUGAUCGCUGUAUAUGAGUGAAUGUUGGAUUUGUACAUAUUUAGCUGCAUAUAUGUCUAUCAGUUUAUCUAAGCAAUCGCUUUUUACAAUUGUCCUACGUUCCUAUAUGUGUAUUGAUUGAUAAAUUAUAGUGAGUGAGGAUUAUUAUGAUGUAAAAUUUUAAUUGGAUUACAUCUGUGAAUACAAAGAUUGCAGCUGAAAAUGCCAAGAGAGGGAUAAAGAGGUUCUUAGAACCAUCUACCGGUGAGAGAAUUGAUCAAGAAAAAUCUGAAUAUGGUCAUGUCAGAUCAAAGAGAUUGAAAAGAAUGUUUCAUCCAGAAAUUGUUGGAGGAUCUAAUGAAUGUCGGAAUGAAAUGCAAUUGAAGGGUGAUGAUGAAAGCGCUGCUGAAGGAAUGGCAGCUAAGGAUGCCAAGAAAGGAAAAAAAAGAUUGUCAAAAGAAUCCACUACUAAGAGAGUUAAUCAAGGAAAAACUGAACGUAGUUAUGUUAGAUCAAAGAGAUUGAAAAGAAUGCUUCAUCCAGAAAUUGCUCAAGGAUCUAUUGAAUGUCAGAAUGAAAUGCAAGUAGAAAAUGAUGAUCAAAAAGCUGCUCAAGGAAUAACAACUAAGGAUGCCAACAGAGGAAAGAAAAGGUUGUUAAAACGACCUAUUACUAAGAGAAUUAAUGAAGGAAAAACUGAAUGCAGUCAUGUUAAAUCAAAGAGAUUGAAAAGAAUGUUUUGCAGAUAGAUUGAUGAAAAAGAUAAUCAAUGUCAGAGUGAGACCAAAUUCAGAGAUCAACGUUCGCGACUAUUUGAUCAAGCGUCAUAUCAACAAAACAGACAAGGGUUAACUGUGAAAUACGAAGACUCAGGGGAUAAUGUGUACUCAUGUAACCAUUGUGAUGCAUGCUUUUGGCUUGGAGAAGCUAUUAAAAGAUCAACUUCAAAUGCAUCAAUUAUCUAUACAAAUUGUUGUAGGAAAGGCGAAAUCAAACUUGAAAGAUCAAAACCAACACUUGCGUAGUAGAUCUUGCGUAUUUAUAUCCUUUCCUUUUAAAGUUUAGGGAGUAAGAAAAAACAUUAUGGUUACAAUUCAC